UGCACCCACAAGUGUCAAAAACGAGUCCCACUCAUAAGCGAGAAGAGUGAAAUUACGGUUUUGAUAAAAAAUUCGAUCAAUGAAUUAGUGAAAUUUAAAUAAUAGCUUUAGAAGUCUUCGAGCUAACGAGAGCUUUUAUAUAGAAAGUGAUGGAAAGUCUUUUCGGUCGCGGCCAUGAUGGAUACGUGGGUCGCGAAGAACAUAUUAAAAAAUUGCAAGCAAACAACUCCGAAGAUGACAAUCUAGAUGAACUCCCACCAAUGAUGGAAGAGCUAUGUGUUGCAGACGGUCUGCGACCUAGUCCUGGCGGUCCCUUUUCCGCUUUAACACCUUCCAUGUGGCCGCAGGAAAUUCUAGCGAAAUUGGGGCAACCUGAAUCUGAGGCUGCGGGUCCUAACGACCAGCCAGACUAUCGAUUCGACGAAUUUGGUUUUCGUGUGGAGGAAGAGGAUGGUCCAGAACAAAGCUCGAAUAAACUGCUUUCGCAACCAUUUGUAGAAGAUGCACAGCACCGAUUGCAAUGGAUUGCACAUUUAGAAUUUUCACAUAACAAAGAGGCUACGGAAUUGACAUGGGAGAAUGUGGAUGUUAUGCUGCCACGUACCGAAAAGUUGCGAAAUAUGGUUCGUGAAGGUAUACCACAUUCUCUGCGAGCACAAAUGUGGAUGCGUUUAUCUGGUGCGCUGGCGAAAAAACAAAAAGGCGAAACAAGUUAUCAUGAUAUAAUUAAGGCUUCAGGGAAUGAUCAACUUAUGACCUCAAAACAGAUUGAGAAGGAUCUGUUACGCAUAUUACCAACAAAUGCGUGCUUUAGCAAUCCGCACGGAACUGGAAUACCACGACUGCGUCGCAUACUUCGCGGCAUCGCCUGGCUGUUUCCAGAUAUCGGUUAUUGCCAAGGUACUGGUGUAAUAGCUGCUUGCUUGCUGCUGUUUAUGGAGGAAGAAAAUGCUUUCUGGAUGAUGGCGACUAUUGUGGAAGACUUAUUACCCGCAUCAUACUAUUCUUCAACUUUGUUGGGCAUACAAGCUGAUCAACGUGUCAUGCAGACGCUUAUUGCAAAUUAUCUAACAUCCGUUGAUGAGACGCUAAAGAAGCAUGACAUCGAAUUAUCGCUUAUAACAUUGCACUGGUUCUUGACGCUUUUUGCAAAUGUUGUGCACAUGAAGAUUUUGGUGCGCAUAUGGGAUUGGUUUUUCUAUGAUGGUAGCAUAGUACUCUUUCAACUCACAUUGGGUAUGCUGAAGUUGAAGGAAAAAGAUUUACAAAUCUUGGAAAACUCUGCUCAAAUAUUCAACUCAUUGUCAGACAUACCGGGUGAAGUGGAUGAUGUAGAGAUUCUCUUUAAUCAAGCACUUGAAGUUGGUGGCUCUUUGAGUCAAACCGUCAUCGAUACGCAUCGUCGACGUCAUCUGGCCUAUCUUAUGGCCGAUCAGGGUGGUCUUGUUGGUAAUCCCGAGGCCGUCCCAAAUCUGCCCAAACAACAUUUGGCACGUCGGCAAGUGCGAAAAAGUAAAUCCAUAUUAGAAACAUUGCUAUUUCGAGGAGACAAUGAUUCCGAUGAGCUAAAAAAUAAGAAUAUAAGGCAGACGGAGAUUCUAGUCGACUUGCGUGAGGCAAUAUUAAAAGUAGCACGCCACUUUAUAACCAUCGAACCGAAGAUAGCUGCUCACAUACAACUGACAGCAAAUUACAGCACUGAUUCGCAUGCAAAAGACCAUGAAAAUUUCAUCAAUGUCGCACGUCGACGGCAACGAAGAGCAAAGGCCUUACAUGAUUUCGAACGUCAUGAUGAUGAUGAGUUGGGCUUCCGCAAAAAUGAUAUCAUCACUAUAAUAAGUCAAAAAGAUGAACACUGUUGGGUGGGAGAACUGAAUGGAUUGCGUGGCUGGUUUCCGGCCAAAUUUGUCGAGUUGUUGGAUGAACGUAGCAAGCUGUACACUUCUGCUGGUGACGAUGCAAUUUCCGAAACUGUUACAGAUUUAGUGCGUGGCACACUUGCGCCAUCCAUCAAGGCUUUUCUCGAGCAUGGUAUGAAAAGACCAUCUUUUUUGGGAGGUCCCAUACAUCCGUGGCUUUUCAUCGAGGAAGCGGCUACGCGUGAAGUUGAAAAAGAUUUCGAAUCGGUAUACAGUCGAUUGGUGCUAUGUAAGACGUAUCGCCUAGAUGAAGAUGGCAAAGUGUUGACUCCAGAAGAGCUGUUGUUCCGUUGCGUGCAAGCAGUAAACCAGUCUCAUGAUGAAGCGCACGCGCAAAUGGACGUGAAGUUGCGUUCAUUAAUAUGUCUUGGCUUGAAUGAGCAAGUGUUGCAUCUAUGGUUGGAAGUACUGUGUUCUUGUCAGGAUGUUGUGCAAAAAUGGUACUAUCCCUGUAGUUAUAUUGACUCGCCGGGUUGGGUGCAAAUAAAGUGUGAGCUAAGGAUACUUUCACAAUUUGCUUUCAAUUUGAAUCCUGACUGGGAAUUACCACCAAAAAGAGGCAAGGAAUCUCAGCCACUGAAAGAUGGUGUGCGCGACAUGCUGGUUAAGCAUCAUCUCUUCUCAUGGGAUUUGUGAGUCUUGUAGUAGUAGCAUAUGGAGAAGAAAGUGCAUUUGUUUAUUUUUAGUUAAGUAUGUGUGUAGAAGAUUGUAUAGCCACUAAACUAUGUUUUAAGAGUAAAAAUGUGUUUUUGUUAAGUUUUAAUGUUUUAGUUUAAACAUUCCCUUAAUGGCGGUGGUAAAAGAUUGAACUCUGCCGCAUUUAGUUGUUUAGCCACAGGUUGAACAAAUUUUUAAUAAUUUUAAUUAAAAAUAUCGAAAUUCUUAGCUAUGCAAAUGCUUAUACAAUACAAACCUUUGGCAACUACUUACAUACAUGCUAUAUACAAGCAAAAUUAUGCAAAUAAACUGAAAAAUAGGUGAAGUUCUUCAAACUAUCUUACUAACAUUUUAAAAUGUGUAUGCUUUCAAAUCUAGCCUUUGCAACUAAAAACAGGCCCUGUAAGUUUUAAACAAACCUCAUACAAAAAAUUGUAUGUUAAAAAAUAUUUAAAUGUUUUAUAAAAUCAGAGUCUGUAUUUAAUAAUGCUAUUAUAAAUAUAGAUAUAUCAACUAUCGUCCAUUGCAAUGUGUAUUUAAAUAAAUACUU